GUUGGGCGCACCGCCACGGUCACCCCACUCGCGCGCACGCGCCACGUGGGCCAGCAGAAUUGCCAAGAGCCCUUGGCUGCGUACCCGGGCACCCGCACUAGCUGCUUUGGCCCAUCGAACACCCUUACGAACUCCGCGUCAUGACCGAAUACCCUUAUUUUAAAGGCUAGGAAGUUGAGGCUCAGAGACACCAAUCUGGUAUCUUGGGAGCAUCGGAGCAUCUAGGUGGGACGUGGCCGCGCCAAGGCUGGAGGGAGCUCGAGUUUGGUGGAAUCGGGACCCGCGCACUUGUCCGUCAGGCUAUGGUCAGAGAUUUGAACUUGAGAGUAUUUAGCUGCGCGAAAUUGUUUGGAUCCCGGCUGCGGCGGACAGCCUUGCGGUUUUAAAAAACUCUCCUUUUGCUAAAGGAACACCCUUGCUGCUAUAGUUUCAGAAUGUCAAGUACUGUGUCCUACUGGAUCUUAAAUUCUGCAAGAAACAGCAUUGCCACAUUACAAGGGGGCAAACGUUUAUACUCAAGGUGUGUUUCAAAUAGGAACAAGUCAAAAUGGAGGCUCUUUUCCCAGACACCACCUACCCUAAAACACAGUUGCCCAAGUGGUGGUUUCACUCUCUGGAAAGCCUACAGACACACAUCGACGGAGGAAGAUGAUUUCCACUUGCAGUUCAGCCCUGAGCAGGUAAAUGAAGUGCUUCGAGCAGGUGAGUCAACCCACAAGAUCCUUAACUUUGACAGUGGAGUCCCAAAUUCAGUGUUGCGGUUUGAGAGCAACCAGUUGGCUGCCAAUUCCCCAGUGGAGGACCGGCGAGGUGUAGCCUCCUGCCUGCAGACCAGUGGACUGAUGUUUGGCAUCUUCGAUGGGCACGGCGGUCAUGCAUGUGCACAAGCAGUGAGUGAGAGGCUCUUCUACUAUGUGGCAGUGUCCCUGAUGUCCCACCAGACCCUGGAGCAGUUGGAGGGAGCCAUGGAAAGCAUGAAGCCCUUGCUGCCCAUCCUGCAAUGGCUCAAGCACCCAGGGGACAGUAUCUACAAGGAUGUCACAUCUGUUCAUUAUGACCACCUCCGUGUCUAUUGGCAGGAACUGCUGGACCUGCACAUGGAAAUGGGACUGAGCAUCGAGGAAGCGUUAAUGUACUCCUUCCAGAGACUGGAUUCUGACAUCUCAUUGGAAAUCCAGGCCCCCCUGGAAGAUGAAGUGACAAGGAACCUGUCACUCCAGGUUGCAUUCUCUGGGGCAACAGCUUGCAUGGCCCAUGUCGAUGGAGUUCACUUACACGUAGCAAAUGCUGGUGACUGCCGGGCCAUCCUUGGUGUCCAGGAAGACAAUGGCAUGUGGUCUUGUCUGCCCCUCACCCGUGACCACAAUGCCUGGAACCAGGCCGAGCUGUCCCGCCUAAAGAGGGAACACCCUGAGUCAGAGGACAGGACCAUCAUCAUAGACGACAGGCUGCUGGGUGUCCUCAUGCCCUGCAGGGCCUUCGGGGAUGUUCAGCUGAAGUGGAGUAAGGAGCUACAACGCAGCAUCCUAGAGAGGGGCUUUGAUACCGAGGCCCUCAAUAUUUACCAGUUCACCCCUCCACACUACUAUACUCCACCAUACCUGACUGCCAAGCCUGAGGUCACAUACCACAGGCUGAGGCCCCAGGAUAAAUUCCUUGUACUGGCCUCAGAUGGUCUGUGGGACAUGCUGGGCAAUGAGGAUGUGGUGAGGUUGGUGGUGGGGCAUCUGGCUGAGGCAGGUCGGCACAAGCCAGACCUGGCCCCGAGACCUACCAACCUGGGGCUCAUGCAGAGCCUGCUGCUCCAGAGGAAAGCCAACAGGCUGCAUGAGGCCGACCAAAACGCAGCCACACGUCUGAUUCGAUAUGCCAUCGGGAGCAACGAAUAUGGGGAGAUGGAGCCAGAGCGGCUGGCAGCGAUGCUGACAUUGCCAGAGGACUUGGCGAGAAUGUACCGGGAUGAUAUCACUGUCACCGUGGUGUAUUUUAACUCAGACUCCAUUGAUGCCUAUUACAGGGGGGGUUAGGAGUGUCCCAUCCUAGUGCCAAAGUUAACAUAAAUGCUCUUUUAAAUUAUCUUCACUUACUUUUAAGCUAUUUAAACCUUACUUUUAAAAGGACUGGCAGAUGUAUUGAUAGUUUGCUAAGUAAUUGACUAAUGCAGCCUAAGUUUAAAAACAAUAGCAGUGAUUUCAUGUCCUUGAGUGUUUUGAUCAACUCUUCUAUGUAGAGAAGGCAAAGCUUAAAGUUUGGUUUGAGCUCACGUAGCCUUUUAUAAAAAUGUGUUCAACUAUGCCACCCUGAGCCUUUAAAGGAUAGAUUUCAUCACGAUUCUAAGAGUACAGAGCUCUGAAGAUCUUGCUGCAAAAUCUAUACAUUUGAUAAUUCUCCUGAAUUCACAAUGAUGGACUUCCAGAGUAUGGAGAGAUUUUAUUUGUUUUUGUGUCUUUUCAUAAGUUACUAAAGUCUAGGUUUACAAAGCUCACUACAGGACGCUUUUCUAUGCAAUAUCCUAACUUUUUGUGCGUAUACUUGGAAGACAUUUUGUAAUACUACAUUCUCGUUGUGUUUUUAGUUUUUUUUUUUUUUUAAUGGAAUCCUCAAACUUGCAAACAGGCCUAUUGUAAGCAUGCUUGAAAUGACUUGUCUUGGUUUUCAGCUGAGGAUGGGAGGGUUUUCACCUCUGGAUCAGCUGAAUUUAUUUGGGCAGCUUUCGGUCCCCUCCACUGAGCCCCACCUCCUGAACCUUUGAGCCAUACUAGGAGAUGACUUAUAUCUAAGCCUUAACUUCUAGUCUUUCUGGAAUGAGUAAAAUUUCCUCCCUGGCUUAGCCUCUGGAGGGUUAUUAAUGGUAUUUAACCUUUCUGAUUAUACCUCGCAAGCAUUUCUGUUUAUUCCACCUAACACAAUCCUUCUACCUCCACUGCGACAAACCCCUCACCCUGCAAUACACUGACUAUGCAAUACGCUGUCUUGAAAGAAUCUCACACGUUCCCUCUUCAGACAGUUGCAGGAAUGGAGAAAAUGUGAUUGCAUAAGGUAGUUGGGGCAGGCAUUUAGGCGGGACAGGCUUACUAAGUAGAUCGCGGACUUGAGAUUCAAUCUGAAUUUGGAGAGGUGAAAACACUAAGGUCUUAAGGAGAACGGUCACUAGCUAAGGCUCCCUGUCUGCAUCCUGAGAAGGCAGUAGGGAGAAGGGAGGAGUGAGACUUACCGGAUAGGAUGCUUACCUCUAGACUGUGGGAUACAUCGCCUUUGCUACUCCUUAGGAAUUAGAGCAUAUUUAAUAUGGGAGUGAGAGAAAAAUGUGACUUGUAGUGGUUUCUGUAGGCUGCAGGGUCUUUGGAUUUACUCAAAUUAAACCAUGGGGAUAAUUUUUGGAGAUGAAUUUCAUUCUCCCGUGAGUCGCUGUGGCACUUAAACAACAGGAAAUAUGUCCCUAAGUGGAAACACAAAUAUAGUCCCACAAAACCAACGGUUUUAUUUUCAUGUACCACAUCAGGAAGAAUUCUGCCGUGUAAUUGAGCUAUAUUUAUUAGUUGAUCCCUGUCCUCAUUUCAUCCCUUGAUGCCACCCACUAAAAAAAAUAUCAACUAACCAGGUUUGGCUUCCUCAUUUUUGUCCAGGUCCCACUGGAUGUUUAGUCAAGUGUUGGGAUGUGUACCUGCUAGCUAAGGGAUAUUUCUCUGUACAUGCUGUGGAGCAACUUCUGAUGUAGCUUCAUCUAAAACAUUCUCUUCUGAAUGCUUAAGCUUGGUGCUUUCUCUUGAAACCAUUAGUAUUUUUUUUUUUUUGAGUUCUUAGAUCUUAACUCAAAAAUAAAAUGUGAAUCACUACCGUUCUGCUAGCACGAAGAUUUGUUGCUUGAACUGAGGACUCCACUUGUCUCACAUUCCCUUUGUCCUUUGUUGUUGUCAUUGUUUUGUUGUUGUUAAGUUUAUUUUCUCUCUUUUCAGAGAGAGAGAGAGAGGCUUCCUUGACAAGGUCGGCAGUCCCUUUCCCCAGCCCCUUCAGGUCAACUCAGGAUCUGAAUCUGUAGCUGACCACGUGGCUCCCAGCAGCCGGGUUAAUAGUGUACUUGUUGGCUUGUGCCGCCAACUGAGCCUGUCUGGUUCUUUAUACCAACAGAACCCUGGAGUGCCCUUGGAGUCUAGCACGGUUCAUAAAUGGAUCUGCUCCAAUAACUUGUGGAGCAGCUGAGUGAACACAGACCUCCCACCAGUGUCUCCAGGAGGAUCUGCUUUUUCUCAGUUUAUUACAUUUCCCUGUCUUCUAGUUGAUCUAUUGAGAGAAGAAAGGCUGGCUCGUUGUCUGCCUUUUUCCCACUGCAGACGGUCAACUCUUCCCUGUAAGUGCUCCAGGGAGCAUCUCCUUCUGGUUGAACCACACCACAUUGGUCUCUCUGUUGUAUUUUUGCUGUCAUUGACCUUCCCGAAGCACACAGGCUGCUUUCUGCUUUAGGACACUGGGAUUUGAAAGGAGGUUAGUGGUACUUGCCAGGUCUUCCAGAGCAUCUAUCAUUCCCUUUACAUGAAGGUCUCAGUAUGGAGACUUGUAAAAUGAGUUAAAACACGAAAGAUUGCGUGUUUAAUAUUUGGAGGUAAUUUUUGAAGAAAGUAUGCUUUGGUGCUUAAAACUGCAUAUUUAUCAUUUUAGGGAAGAAACUGAUCAUAUUGGCAUAAUCUAGUUAGCUGUUUUCUAUGUAAAUAACACAGCCAUUGAUCCUGGUGACUGACCAAAAUGGCUAGAGAGAAUAGUCUUAGUUCUAAAUUUAAAUGAUGUAUAAUAGUAUAAAUCGAGUUAUUUAGAGUCAUCCGUCUGAGAUGUGAUUUGUAACAUUAAAACUAAUUUAUUGUAAUGAAAAUGUAAACAUUGACAUAUAUUAAUAUAUAAACCUAUUUUUCCCAGAAGUACAUUUGGCCCAAAACACCUCUAGUAUUGGGCACCCUGGGUAAAGUUCAUUUUAGACACAAUCAAGUCGAUACUUUUAAGCAAAAGUAAAAUGUAAGCAAUUCAAACUUGAGUUAAAAAGGAGUAUAGAUAAUUGUAUAGAACCAAAACCAAAAACUGAGUUUAGUUCGAGUCUCACUGGAAUUUGUUGACCUUAUCUUUGACAGCUUUUGGGAAGCCUUAACUUCCCAAGUUAAACCAGGAUGUCCUGGAACUGAGCCAUCCCGGGUUUCAUCUUAAAGUGAUUCCUUUGUCUCUGAAAUGUGAUUCCGUGGCAGGAAAAGCCCUGACGUACUCUCGUAGUGGGGAGAUAAAGGCUGGUGGGACAUCUUGUGACGUACCCACCAUGCAUCAUGUGAGUGGAAAGUGAGUUUGGACUCUGUGAAACCAUCUUCUGAGCAGACCAAAAAAAUUUCCCUUACUCCUUGGGCACCUGACAUUCAACUUGCCUCCUGGAAAGUAUUUCUUAUCAAGCAUUUACUUGGAACAAUUAUUAACCAUGUUCUUUAAUCAUUACUGACAUUUGUAUUUUAAGCUGUCUACCAGUGUUUGUAUUUGCCACUGAUUUUCUAACUGUUAGAGAUAUUUAAGAAAAACUUGUAAAUAAAAGAGGCAAAAUGAAA